ACUACUACAUUGUAAAGUGAAGCUAAGCAUGCGUGUACCAGAUAUGCUUAGAAGCCGCCAUGAGAGAGAAAUAUGCAGCAUAUCGGAGAUUUUUUUUUCUUCAAUGUCGACCAUUUGUUGCUUAAAUUGCAUUAUCGGCUAUUUGUUGCUUAAAUAGCCGCCAUGAGUCGUAUGUUUCUUAAUUUAUAUUCAUCCAACUUGCAGUUCGAGCUAAAAGCCGCCAUGAAUAAUAUUUCUUGGAUCUUUCCUACUUUAUUCAUCCACUCUCAAUAUAAUAUAAUAUCGUCCCCUUUAAACUUUGAUCUAUUGUUAAUAUAAAUAAAUUAUUACCAUUCUAUUACUCCCACCAUCUCUACAUCAUAUUUGCCAUUUAUCCUCACUUAAUUUCUAAUUCUAGAGAAAGAAACAGAACGAAAGCACAAAACACUGCCAUGGGAGUAGCUCAGGUUAACCAAUUUUGGUUCCAUCUCAUGUUCAUCCUUCUCUCCGCCUCGAUUUCUUCAAUUUCGGGAGAUGAAACAAAUAAUUGUAUCUACACAGCUUAUGUCCGAACUGGGCCAUUCGACGAGGAUGCAACUGACUCAAAAAUCACCUUAACUCUGUAUGAUGCGAGUGGUCAUGGAAUUAGAAUCAACAACCUAGUGACUUGGGGUGGGCUUAUGGGCAAAGGUUACAACUACUUUGAAAGGGAAAACUUGGAUAUGUUCAGUGGGAAGGGCCCCUGUUUGAAUGGGACCAUAUGCAAAAUGGUCUUGGCUUCUGAUGGUACAGGCCGAAACCAUGAAUGGUUCUGUAACUACGUGGAAGUCACUUCUACAGGAGCCCACAAACGAUGCAGCCAACAACUGUUCACCGUGGAUCAGUGGCUUAGCACCAAUCGUUCACCGUAUCAGCUCUCCGCCACCAGGAACAACUGUCGGCGUAUGUCCGAUGAGCAACAGCCCCUUUACGAUUCAGAAUCAAAUCAUGUUGUUGAUGUUAUUUGAUGGCCUAAAAUUCCUUUUCUCUUUCUCAAUUUUAUUAGUAAUGCAGCGUGAAAAUUUCAAUACGUUAUCUCAUCAUUUGUGUAGGCCAUUGUGGACAAGGCAUGAUUUACUGUAAUUGAAAUAAUGGAAAGUUCUUCGAAUC